AUGGCAAGCACCAGCUUAAUGUUUCAAUGCCUUCUCGGCAUACAAUGUGAGAAGUUCACAAUCAUCGCCGCAGAUCAGAUGAACGUGCAGAGUGUUAUUAUUAUGAAAGACGAUAUGGACAAAUUAUUUGAGAUAUCAGAUUCUUUGGUGAUCGGUGUUAAUGGAGACACAGCCGAUACGACCCAGUUCACUCAGUACGUGCAGAAGAACUUGCAGUUGUACCUGAUGAAGAAUAAAUACCAGCUGGACACACCGGCUGUGGUACACUUCACCAGGAAGAGUGUAGCUGAUGCUUUACGAGAUGGGAAUCCACGUAUAAUAAACAUGCUAAUCGCCGGCUAUGAUGACGAUCACGGCAGUCAACUGUACACAAUGGACUUUUUGGCUUCCUGCGUGAAGGUUCCUUACGCGGCUCACGGUCUUGGUGGCCUCUUGAGUAUAUCGAUACUGGAUUAUUAUUAUAAACCAACCUUAUCGGAAGUGCAAGCGUACGAAGUGAUCAAGCUGUGCGUCCGCGAGAUCCAGAAGCGGCUGUUCAUAACGUUACCGAACUUCCUGGUGAAAUCUGUCUCCAAAAAUGGCGUCAAACCGCUUCCCGCCAUCAACCCGGCCAUGUUUAUAAAAACGUGAAAUUAACAUGUUCUAACAUAUAAUAUUCAUUACUUAAUUCUCAAUCAAGUAACUAAUCCUCGUGGUGGAGUAAAACGAGCUUUCGUCAGUUUAUAAAUUAAAUAAAUUUCUUAUUUUUUUUUUUUUUUAUUCAUCCACACCGCUACAGAUUAUUUAUUCAGAAUGUUGUAUUGUUUAACUAAUGUCAUGAAAUAUUUUCUGUAGAGAAGACAUAUUUUUGAGGAGAAAUAUUUUCAGUAGAUUUAUUUCGAUGUGGGUGAGAAUGAGAAGAUAAGCUAGAUUUUGGAGACAUUAAAACGUAACUUCAAAUUUUCAGAUGAAAAUAUGUAGUUAAAUGACGGAUUUAAAAUUUAGAGUAUUUUUGUACUUGAUUGUAUGUUUGUACAUUUUGUAGUAAAAUUUU